CCGCUGGUGACCUCAAGUUCACCGAGGCCCCCUCCUGCCUCAUCUUGCAGAUGCCCCGCAAUGGCAAGUACUACAAGGCCUUUGCCACCAUCCUGCCUAGCCUGGAGCUGGACCUCACUGACCUGCUGGAAGACACCCCCCGGGAGUGCUGCAUCUGCCAGGCUCUGGCGCUGAGCGAAUGCCCCCAGUGCUACGGGGACCCCAGCAUCGGGGCAGGGAGCACCCGUCAGUACUGCACUAUCUGCUGCCAGCAGGUUCACCGUCACCGCGCCCGGCGCUCCCACCGCCCCCGCGCCCUGCGCCUACCCCCAGAGCUGGAGCACCUGCCGCCCCCACCAGGCCCCCCGCCCCGCCAGACUAUGCAGCUCUACGCCGCCCUCUGCAUCCAGACCAGCCACUACGUGGCCUUCGCCCGCCACGGUCCACGCCGCGGCCAAUGGCUCUUCUUUGACAGCAUGGCCGACCGCCAGGGUGGCCAGAAUGGCUUCAACAUCCCGCGGGUCACACCUUGCCCGGAGGUGGCCGACUACCUGGAGAUGAGCCCGGAGGAGCUCCAGGUGCUGGACCCCAAGUCCCUGCCCCCCUGUGCCCGACGCCUGCUCUGCGAUGCCUACAUGUGCCUCUACCACAGCCCCACUCUUGGGCUUUACAAAUAGUCUCUCCCCUGGGGUGCAGGGAUACGGCGAUUGGGGAGAGGGCAACGGAACUGCUGCCCAAUGAGGGGACUUUAUUUGCACCAUGAAUGCACCUGUGCCUUUAAGAAGCAGCUGGAAAUGACUUGGACCUAUAGCUCAACCUUGGUAUCCUUAUGCCCCUUAAAAGGGCUGGAUCAGAGCUGGUGCCCCCUGGAGGGGAAAGAUCCUGUGUCCCAUUCCCCUCCCUUUGAGCCAGCCA